CACCUACUCCUUCGACUUAGAUACCAAGAAUCUCUCUCCUCUAUCAACAGAUUUCUUUCCUCCCCUUCCGCCAUUGAUGAUCCUCAAUCAUCUUCGUCAUCAGCUUCUCCUGCAACUCUAUCUUUGUUAGUUUUUAAGAAAACAAAGAAAAGCAUUUUGCUGAAAAAAGCGAAAGUUCUCCCCAACUUUCUCAGAUUGCUGUUUUUGCAACGCCGCAUCACUUGCAGCAGCAGUUUACAAAAAAAAAAUUUUGCCCACAACGGUGGACGUUGCCAGCGAGGAGAAGACGGCACGGUGUCCCAGCCUCCUCUCUCUGCCAAGAUGGCUUUUCGAGGUCGGGGGCGGGGGCGAGGAUAUGGAGGCGCCGGUGGCUAUGGAUUUGCCAAACAAGAGCCAUUUGAGCUUUUCCCUGAUAUUGAAUUGCCUAACAUCAAAAGCGUGCAUAAGGAAGAAACCCUAGUUAGGGAGAGUGUAAAGUUGCAAAAUUUUUGGAAGGCCUCUGCUUAUUAUCUUGAUGAGACUGUUUCUAAAAAUAGCCGAAGCACAGAGAUAGAGAGAUAUUCUGACAUGAAAAAACCAAGGAGUACAAUAACUCGUGAUUCUCUUUCACAAAUUUUAGAGCUUAAAAGAUUUCCUCAAGAACUUAUUGGAGGUUCAAAGGGGCAACGGCCAAGUCAGAAAAAAGUUAGAUGGAAUCCAGAGUCAGAGCUGCAGAAGCUAGAUUAUUUAGAAAAGCUUGAACAAAGGGCUCAGGGCCAAGAGAAUAAAGAUGAAAAGGAAAAGAAAGAAGGCGAAAACGAAGAUGAAGAUGAAAACGAUGGAGAAGAAGACAUUGAGGAAGAACCGAGUGAUGAUGAUUAUUUUCAGAAUGUCGAGUUUGAUGAUGAUGAUGAUGAUUUUAACGACGUUGAUGAUGGUGGUGAAGAUGAAGGUACUUUUUAAUUGAUACGGGAAGAGUUUUCUUCUGGUCUUCUUUAGCAGCUUGAGGCAGGUUUCGCGUAUAUGGAAGUAUUCCUUUUCUUAAUUGGAUUAAUUUGGUAUCUUAAAUUUCACCUUGUCACACCAUAUGAGGCUUCUAAUGUAUGAAUUUCCUGCUGGACAAAGAUGUAGAGCAGUGAAGUUUUAUAGUCGAGCAUUUUUUAA